AGUAGAAAAGCAUCCGCCGUUGCAAGUGCCAUAAGAAACGAUGGUUUGGAAAAGAGACUUACUCUAGGUUUACGUGUAGUACGUGCAGUUUACAGAGUGGAUGGCAUAGCUGGGUUUUAUCGUGGUUUCCUCUCUGCUGUGAUGCUCUAUAUUCCAUCAACUAUGGUGUUUUGGUCUACAUACUACCAUGCAUUGGCAGGUUUCCGAUUCAUCCGCGUGAAGGUCACGGAAAUGGAGAGUGGGAUGAAGCCAAAAACGACUGCUGAAGUUGACAAUCGUAAUCUAUUCCUGGAUCAAGCAAUUUCUGGAUCAAUCGGUGGAAUUGCUUCUGCUUGCGUUACCAAUCCAUUAGAAAUGCUUCGUAUUCGCUUGCAAGUUCAUCGCACCAACUACACUGAUACCAUCAAACGAUUGUGGAGGUAUGAAGGGUCGAAGGUUCUCACCAAGGGACUAGCACCUCGAGUUGUCAGUAAUGCACUCUAUUCGUCUCUAGUAAUGUUGGCGUACGAGACAGUGAAGAAGCUGUGCGUCCUACCUGAAUAUCGAGAUCAUGUGGUUUGGUGA